AUGGGCACAGAGGAGGGCUGGUGCCUGCUGCUGUGCCUGGCUCUGUCUGGAGCAGCAGAAACCGGUGACCUUCCCCCUGCAGAGCCCCGUGCAGCAGAAAGACAGUGGCGGGCAGUGGACGUGGUCUUAGAUUGCUUCUUGGUGAAGGAAGGUGGGCACCGUGGAGCUUUUGACAGUAAUGGGAACAGGGCGAAGGCCUUGCUUGUGCUGAGGCAGGUGCCAGUGCUGGAUGACGGCUCCCUGGAAGGCUUCACUGAUUUCCAAGGGAACACAUUAGCCAAAGAUGACCCACCUGUUAUCUUCGAGGCCUCAGUGGACCUGGUACAGAUUCCCCAGGCCGAGGCCUUGCUCCAUGCUGACUGCAGCGGGAAGGAGGUAACCUGUGAGAUCUCCCGCUAUUUUCUCCAGGCCAGACAAGAGGCCACUGUUGAGACGGCAGCUUGGUUCAUCACCAUCGUGCAGGUACCUGGAGGGGGACCUAGCGUCUCCAUGGUGAUGAAGACUCUCGGGGAUGUUGAGAAUGGGGCUGUCUGGCACCCCACACUGAACCUGCCCCUGAGCCACCAGGGGACUGUGCAGACUGCAGUGGAGUUCCAGGUAACAACACAGACCCAAUCCCUGAAUUUCCUUCUGGGGUCCUCAGCCUCCCUGCACUGUGGCUUCUCCAUGGCACCAGGCUUAGACCUCAUCAGUGUGGAGUGGCGGCUGCAGCAUAAAGGCAGUGGCCAGCCAGUGUACAGCUGGAAGACAGGGCAGGGGCAGGCCAAGCGGAAGGGUGCCACCCUGGAGCCUGAGCAGCUACACGUGGCUGGGGACGCCUCCCUCACCCUACCUAGCCUCACUCUACAGGACGAGGGGACCUACAUUUGCCAGGUCACCACCUCUCUGUACCAAGCUCAACAGAUCAUCCAGCUCAACAUCCAAGCUUCCCCCAAAGUACAGCUGAUCUUGGUGAACAAAGCUCAGCCACCCACCCUCACCUGCAACAUUGCUGGCUAUUAUCCUCUGGACGUGGCGGUGACAUGGACCCGAGAGGAGCUGGGCAUGGCCCCAGUCCAAGUCUCUGGUGCCUCCUUCUCCAGCCUCAGGCAAAGCAUGGCCGGUACCUACAGCAUCUCCUCCUCCCUGACAGCAGAACCUGGCCCUGCAGGUGCCACUUACACCUGCCAGGUCACCCACAUCUCCCUGAAGGAGCCCCUGAUGGCCACCAGCUGGGUUGUCCCACCAGGGCAGAGAACGGCCUUUGGAGUCAUCUUUGCCAGCAGCCUCUUCCUUCUUGCACUGUUGUUCCUGGGGCUUCAGAGAUGGUAAGAUACCUCACCAAGGUCUGCCAAGACUCUGAGGCACUCUGGAUAGCCACCCUCCCACCUCAGAGUAAAAAUAGUAGUGC